UUCGUUGACUCGCUCUCUACUCGUUACUACCAAACUCGCUAACUCCAACUCAUCUCAUCAUGGCCGCCGAACAGAAAAAAGUUGCAAAGAAGCCCCGUGCCAAGCCAGCACACCCCAGCUCUGCUGAGAUGGUCCUCGCUGCCAUCACAGCCCUGAAGGAGAGAGGUGGCUCUUCAGCUCAAGCCAUCAGGAAGUACAUCGAGAAGAACUACACCGUAGACAUCAAGAAGCAGGCUAUCUUCAUCAAGCGUGCUCUCAUUACUGGUGUCGAGAAGGGUACCCUCGUCCAGGUCAAGGGCAAGGGAGCCAGCGGAUCCUUCAAGCUUGGCAAGAAGAAGGAAGGCAAGUCCGACGCCCAGAAGGCCCGUGACGCCGCCAAGAAGGCCAAGCUUGCUGCCAAGAAGAAGGAGGCCAAGGAGAAGAAGGCUGCUAGGAGCAAGGCCAAGAAGGAGAAGCUUGCCGCCAAGAAGGCAUCAAAGAAGACCACCAAGAAGGUCAAGAAGCCUGCUGCCAAGAAGGCCAAGAAGCCCGCCGCUAAGAAGGCAGCCAAGAAGCCAGCUGCAAAGAAACCAGCUGCAAAGAAGGCAGCCGCCAAGCCAGCACCAGCCAAGAAGGCAGCGAAGAAGCCAGCAGCAAAGAAGGCAGCCAAGAAGGUCGCCAAGAAGCCCGCAGCAAAGAAGGCAGCCAAGAAGUAAACUUGCUCCUUAGUUUGCAGGCUAUAACGGCCAUCUUUUCUUCAAAAUCCAAACGGCUCUUAUCAGAGCCACCCAAACUUCAAGAAAGAAACAUGUGAUACUCUACUUUUUUGUGUGAUUUUUUUUUUUUUUUUUUUUUUUUUUGUAACUUUAUAAAUAUUUAAAUUUAGUUUGUGUCAAAAGACAGACUAGUAGAUAUAUUUUUUUAAUUUAAGAAGAAAAUUGCCUGUUCUAACCGGG